AAGAAACAUUGGCCAACGGAUCAAAGAAUAAGCAAAUAUUGCUUAUUUUGGGGUAAACGAGAUUGUUCAUUGACGACGUAAGAGUUAUGGUACUAUCGGAACUUGGAAAGAAAAUAUCGGGGGCUUUGAGAAAGCUCGCCAACAGAACAGUUGUAGAUGAAGAAGCUUUGAAUGAAAUGCUCAAUGAAGUUAGUCGAGCACUGUUGGAAGCCGAUGUCAACGUUAAAAUGGUUCAAGCCUUGAGACAGAGCGUAAAGAAAAAGGUAAACUUGGAGGAACUGGCAGCUGGGGUAAACCGUAGAAAACUUAUUCAAAAAGCGGUAUUUGAAGAGCUUUGCAACAUGUUGAGUCCCGGUACUUCUCCACCUCCCUUAAAGAAAGGUAGACCGAACGUUGUUAUGUUUGUUGGUUUGCAGGGAAAUGGAAAAACAACUACCUGUGUGAAAUACGCCUAUUACCAUCAAAGGAAAGGUUGGAAGACUGCUCUAGUUUGUGCAGAUACUUUUCGAGCAGGUGCUUUUGACCAACUGAAACAGUCAGCAACGAAAGCUCGAGUGCCAUUUUAUGGAAGCCAUACUGAAACAGACGCUGUGAAAGUUGCACGUGAAGGUGUUGAUUUGUUUAGAAAAGAAAAAUAUGAACUUAUUAUAGUGGAUACUUCUGGAAGACAUAAGCAAGAUACUGCAUUAUUUGAAGAAAUGGAACAAAUAGCGCAAGCAGUUCAACCGAACAGUAUAAUAUUCGUUAUGGAUGGAACUAUGGGCCAAUCAGUUUAUGACCAAGCACUUGCUUUUCGACAGAGAGUGAAUGUCGGCAGCGUCGUUGUCACCAAGUUGGAUGGUCAUGCCAAAGGUGGAGGAGCUUUGAGUGCUGUAAGCGCUACGAAGAGUCCAGUUGUAUUUAUUGGCACAGGAGAAAUGUUGGAUGAUUUGGAACCUUUUGCUCCGCAAAGUUUUGUUCAACGUCUAUUAGGUCUUGGAGAUAUUAGUGGCUUCGUAAAUGCUGUAAAGGAAGCAGGUGUUGAUCAAAAUCCGGAUAUCUUAAAGCGAAUACAAGAAGGUGUCCUUACCCUUCGAGACUUGUAUGAUCAGUUUCAAAGCGUCUUGAAAAUGGGACCCAUGGGAAAGGUAUUGUCUAUGUUUCCAGGCAUGCAGGAUCUUAUUCCAAAAGGUAAAGAAAGAGAGGGUACGCUUCGUGUGAAGAAAUUUUUAAGUAUUAUGAACUCCAUGACUGAUGAUGAAUUGGACAAUCCCAAAGUUCAGUUUAACCAGUCAAGAAUGAUUCGCAUUGGCAGAGGUUCUGGACGUGAUGUGAAGGAUGUAGAAGAUUUACUGGCAGAGUAUAAAAGAUUAUCCAAACUUGUAAGUAGAGUGGGAAAGAACAAAGCUUUGAAGACAGGAGACUUUUCACAAUUACAGAGAAAUAUGCCUCAACAAUUGAGUCGAAUGAUGGAUCCAAAGAUGCUUCAACAAAUGGGAGGCGCUUCCGGACUGCAAAACUUGAUGAAACAAUUUUCCUCACAGUUUCGAGGUUGAAGAAUUUUCUGUAUCCUAUUCAAUAUUUCUACAACGCGUUAUAUUGUAAAAUGUUUAUAAUGUUCCCCUUGUGACUGCAAACGU